GUGUUUUUAUCUUUAUUUUAUUUUUCUUUUAUGUCCUUUCGUUCUUCUCAAACGAAAGUUCAUAUUUUUGCACACAAUCUAAGCAACAUCUCUGCCACAAAUUUUCUUCUUUAUAUUAUCUCUGCAUCAAAAAAAUUCAACCUCAAACUCUCAAGCUACAUCCAUGGCUUCAGGACCAUCAAUUCACGGUAACUACAUCUCCGAGGGACAUAAUUUGGGUUCCGAUGAUGUUUUUUGUUCAUACGAUGAUUAUACCAACGAGGGUUCUUCUUGUGCCACUCACAUCGAUUCUAGUAAGGAUUUUCACAUUUCAAGGAUGGCAAAAACUUCAACAUUUCCUGCUACUGUCAUUAAUUCACCUGAAGGUUCGUUAAGCCAAGAUGUUAUUGCAACAACUGUUGAGAAGAGUAUGAAAGCAUGUACCGCCAACCUUAUGCGGUUUCUUGAAGGAAUUAGUUCAAGGCUAUCACAAUUGGAAUUAUAUUGUUACAAUCUUGAUAAAUCAAUUGGAGAAAUGAGAUCUGAGUUAACUAGUGACCACGAGGAGGCAGAUUUAAAACUCAAAUCUCUUGACAAACACAUGCAGGAAGUACACAGGUCACUACAAAUUUUAAGAGACAAACAAGAGCUAGUUGAGACUCAGAAAGAAUUAGCCGUACUUCAACUUGCUCGGAAAGGAUCACAUUCCUCAAUCCACUCACAGUCAAAUGAGGAGAAAUUUUCCUCCCCAGCUUCCAUAGAACAGAAAAGAACUGAUAAUGCAUCUCGUACAUCACCUGAUCCACAUAACCAGCAGCUAGCUCUUGCCCUUUCUCAUCAAGUUGCAUACCAGCAACCGCCUAUACCCCCGUCAUCUCGAGCUUCAUCCCCAAAUGUGACCCAAACCACGCAACAACCUCCUUAUUACAUGCUGCCCGCGCCUUCCCCCAACCCGCCAGUCACAUCACAACUUCCUCAGAAUCAGUAUUUUCCUACUGAUCCGCAGUAUCGAUAUCAUCAUCCACCAACAUCGUCUCAAGUAACCCAGUCCCUGACUGCGCAACAAUUUUCUCAGUAUCAGCAGCAGCCACAACAGCAAUGGCCUCAACAGUUACCUCAGCAGGUACAACCUCUGCAACCACCCUCAAUGAACUCUCAAAUGAGACCUCCAUCAGUAAAUGCUUACGCUCCGUACCUUACAAGCCAAGCUUCAAGUCCACUUCCCACCGACACAUUGCCGAACAGCAUGCCAAUUCAAAAGCCAUAUUCAGGGAUUCCAACCCAAAUCAAGGGACACUAUCCAUCCCAACCAGGUAAUCCGUAUGGAACUAGUGGGGUCCACAACACACCUCCUCCUGCGAGUGCAUACGUGAUGCAUGAAAGUGAGGGUGGCAGAGUAAAUUACCCUCCGCAACCUUCUCAAUCUGCUCAAGGUGUAUAUCCUCCUCAAAGUGCUUCCGUUCAGAAUCCUGCACUGCAGAAUCUACCAGUGAGAAAUCCUAGCCAGCCACAACUUGUCCGCAGCCACCCUUACAAUGAGUUGAUUGAGAAUUUGGUGAGUAUGGGAGUUAGAGGCGAUCUUGUGGUAAGCAUUAUUCAGAGGUUGGAGGAAACUGGACAGCCUGUAAAUUUUAACUCUGUACUUGACAGGUUGAAUGUACAUAGUUCAUUGGGUCCCCAGAGGGGAUGGUCAGGGUGAAGAAUAUAUACUGCAUAUUCUGUUUGAAUAAUAAUGUCCGGCGAUAAUGUUCUAUAGUAUGUCAUGUAUGACAAUGAGCAAUGUUGUCUAGCAAUGUGCAUUGUACUUUUUUUGGCAAUGUGCACUGAACUAUAGUGUAUACCACGUUUGUAAUAUAUGAGAAUGAAAUUACUAAUAUAUGAUUUAAUGUUCUUUUCUUAAAAAAAUUAUUUAAUGUUGAUUCAAAUGAUAAUGUAGGAAUUAAUCUUGAUUCUGCAAGUUCAUCGAACAUUAGAAGGUAUCUGAGUUGCAGUUCAAAUUUGUUCUGAAUGUUCUGAUUCAGAUGAUUAGGGACACUACUGGAAGUUGCAUACUGUUUCUUAUGUUCUGAUAAUUUUUUAUUUUUUUUUGUUGAUUUGACAUGUGUGUUUCUUCAUUCUUGGUACCAUGGUUUGAUUUAUUCAUAUUGUUUUCUGCAUGGCUUUAAUAAGAAAGGAAUUCUUU